AAAUUUGAGAACGGAUAUGAAUGAAUGUUGAGCAAGAGAAGUGUUGACGAGACUAGACAAUUUUGAAAUUAUACUCAACAACAGGAAUAUCACUAAUUAUUAGCAUGUUACAAAUCCAUCGGGCUGAUGAAGGGAGAUGGAAAUUUAUGUGCUAGCGAGUUCAAGUUGACGAGAGAACAUACGGGUGGUGCCUUAUACUGGAACAGAAUAAAUUAAUUUGAUCAGUGAGUUGUGACCCCAGCGGCGUGAAGAUGCCAUCGCCGGUCAACGUUACGGUGAAAGAGACGGAGGUGGUCAAGCUGGUUCUUGACUUCCUCCAUACAAGAGAGCUCUAUCUGUCGAUGCGUUCUCUAGAGCGGGAGAGCGGUAUCGUCAAUGGACUCUUCUCCGAAGAUGCCCUGUUCUUGAGACAGCUGAUCUUGGACGGGCAGUGGGAUGAUGUCCUUGAAUUCAUCCAACCGCUGCAGAGCAUCGAGAGCUUUGACUCAAAGACAUUCCAAUAUCUCAUCCUCAAGCACAAGUUCCUGGAGAUGCUUUGCAUGAAGAGUGAGGACUUCCAGCACCUCCAGGUGGAGUUCUCUAGCGAGGAAGUUGUGAGUUGUCUGAGCGAGCUGGAGCCCUACUGCCCAAGUAAAGAAGAGUACAGUGGGUACUGCCUCUUACUGACCCUACCCCGACUGACGGAUCAUCAGAUGUACAAAGACUGGAGCCCCAGCAGUGCAAGGGUCCAGUGCUUUCAGUCCGUAUACCCCCUGGUGUGUAGAUUCCUCCCUGUGGACAAAGCUUUAGCAGAGAAUGAAAGCACUGCUAGUAAUGACAGGCUAGUUCAGCUCAUACUCAAAGGACUAUUGUUUGAAAACUGUGUUGAGUACUGCCAGCAGAAGGCAAUCAAUCGCGAUGCUAAGAGCAGUCAGAUCGUCCUACGCAACAUGAUGACAGGAACGCCUACUGAUGAUGCAGACCUCAGCUUGUUGUCAUGGUUACAGAGCCUCCCGUUCGACACCUUCGCCACACCCUUCGAGCAGCGAUCUUUGCAAAUAUCAGUCAGCAAAAUCAUAAAGCCAAGUACAUCCUUCUCGGAGCAGAUUAUGACUCCAAUGACACCUACCCCUGGUAGCAAGACGAGAAUGUACCCAUCUCCAUCACCAUCGACACCCACUCUGUACAGGGGGAGGCCCUUCUCUUCAAGCUCUAGAGCACUCUCGCAAUCUCUCACCCCAAACCUGGAGAGCUUACUCAACCAGGCCAAGAAGAAAGAGGACAAUGGAACUGGCGAUCCAGGAAUGCUCUCUAGGUCAUUGAUCAACAUGCAGCUGUCAGGUAGCAGCUCAGCCCGUGAAUCCUUACCCACACUUACAGAGGGGAUAGAGAAGCCCUCAGGGGCCCCAUUCUCCAUCAGUAUCCCUUCCCCUAGUCCCAGCAUACCAGCUAGAUUCAACCAAGGUUCUGCAGGAGCUAAUGCAAAGCAACCAGAGGUGAGGAACUCCUCUGCAGCUGCUUACGAGGAUUUCCGUCAGGACCGUGAGAGGGCGCAGCGCGAGCUCCAGGAGAGGGAGCAACGUAGGAAACAACUGGAGGAGGAGCUGAUUGGAGGAGGAGGAAGUACAGGACUCCCAGCAGCCACAGCUCCACCAGCCACAGCUCCAGCUGUACAAGGAGGAGCUACCCAAGGCAAUGGAGUGACAAGUCCACCUCUAGCAGGGACGACCACCAGACAGGUCACACCUCCCAAUUUCACCCUUCGUCCCGCGACCGCUGUGAAGUCAAGCACCCCUAAGGUAGCGUACGGCACGGUCAACCACACCCCAGAGCCCGAGGCAUCCCCAAUCUUGAGCCGACCCAUAUCGUUUCACCAACCCCAACCCCAGCAUCCGAUACUCCAACAGCGUAACUCUGCACGGAACAGCCAGCGGAAUGCAAGUACCAGUAGCGGAACGCCCAGUCCUCAGACACCCAAUCGCCAGUUGGAGACGUCCUUUGGAGAAUUGUCAGGUCCUGGUCGGAGAGUUUCUAAUGUCACUUAUUCAAAUCCGGAUCCCGUUUUCGAACCGCCGCGAGCUAACCACUUGUCGUUUCCGCAACAAGCGCAACAAAGACCACAGCAAUAUGAUACGGCUAGGUCAGACCAGUACCGCUCCCAACCACAACGAAUACCCCAACAGCAGCAGCAGCAGCAAAAGCAACAUGACCAACAGCACUUUGCGGUUGGGUCACCGCUGGGUGAUGCCUCAAAUACGGUGCAAAGAAUCAGGAACAGUUCUCCUGCUGCUGUAGCUCAACGCCAGUCACCCAAGCAGCCUCUCUUUGAUAACAAUGUGAUCAAUUCUGGAUCUAAGGAGGGCAUAAAGAUCUGGAACCCUACAUGCCAUGCCAUCAGUAGUCUAGAAGAUGUCCAAGCGAUCCGAGCUGUUACCUUUGACCCGACAGGCUCUUUCUACGCAGUGGGUUCCAAUUCCAAGACACUCCGGAUUUGUGUGUAUCCAGAAAUGCCAGAAUCAAGUGGAGGGGGUAGCAUACAGCAGCCCAAGGUGUUGUUCAAGAGGAUGCGUCAUCACAAGGGUUCUAUCUACUGCGUUGCAUGGAGUCAUACGGGUAACCUAGUCGCUACUGGAUCUAACGAUAAACUCAUCAAGCUGGUCCGUUUUGAUCCCGACAAGUGCAAUGCUAGUGGACCCGAUGUUGAUCUGUCCUUCCACGACGGAACGGUCCGGGACCUGGUCUUCCAGAAGGACAGUCCUAGCGGGACCACCUUGAUUAGUGCAGGGGCUGGUGACUGCAGUAUCUAUCUGACCGAUUGUCAGCAAGGGCAGCCUGUCCAUGCAAUGGCUGGACACACAGGUCAUGUGCUAUCCCUGUACACCUGGUCUGGUCACAUGCUGGCAUCAGGUUCACAAGAUAACACAGUGCGCCUGUGGGACGUGAGGACACCACGAUGCAUCCAGAUCAUAGGCUCACCAGGGUCAGACAGCGGUGAAGGGAGUGGAGCUGCCGCGGUAGCCGUGGAUCCCUCUGGACGACUCCUUGCAUCAGGACAUGAAGACUCUUCCAUCAUGCUCUACGACAUACACGGAGGGCGCCCCCUACAGACGUUCAAGUCUCACAGCUCCGACAUCAGAUCCCUCCGAUUCUCCCCACGGAACUUCUACCUGAUGAGUGGGUCGUAUGACUGUACCAUCAAACUAGCCAAUCUGCAAGCGGAUAUCACACAAGCCGUUCCCUCAGCAACCAUUGCAGAGCAUCGGGAUAAAGUGAUCCAGUGUCGCUGGCAUCCUAGUGAGCUCAGCUUCCUAACAUCCAGUGCUGACAGGACAGUCACGCUGUGGGCUAUGGACAAUCCCUAAAUCAUCCAACGGUAACAGAACAUCAGGGGGGCGUUUCACAAAACUUGUCAUCACUAACAAGUGACAGUUUUUGUUAUAAGCUACUGAAAUCCUUGCUUCUGAUUGGUUAUCAGCAGAUUCGUCACUAAAUUUUGUCAUUUUUCAUCGAAAAAAAGGUUUUGUGAAACGGGCCCCAGGUCAUCCAGUGCUGCUGAAUUCCGUGUAGACUCAACUCUGCUCCUAAGUCAUGCUCUGCGGUUACUGGACAGUUCGUAUUCGCUUGAAUCCUGCAUCAACCUUGUGCUUGGUGUUGUCCAGAGUCAAUGACAUUGUUGUGAGCUUAGCCUUGUCCUCGUAACCUUCAGUGCUGACUUGAAAAUCAGGCUCUGGGACUGUAGACAUUCUUAAACCUCUUUGGUUUCCUAGUUCAGUCAGCCAUUGAAGAGCAUUAAGUCACCAACCAGUCUUGCUUCUGCAACUCUUGUGGACACAACUUCUCUAGGUCAUCUGGACAAUCCAUAACCCUCUUUUGAUUAACGGUUGCAGAGCUUCAAAUCAUCCAGUAUAUGGUUGAAACCGUUAUGAACUCUGCUUCUCUAACCCUACUCUGGCCAAUCAGCAAUCUAAAGAUCUCUCUAAUGAUUUGAUAAACCAUUGCAGAGCAACCUAAAGAUCUCUCUAAUGAUUUGAUCAACCAUCGAAGAGCAACCUACUUUCACAGAUGUCCCAGUGAACUUGGCCUCCUUUGUUAUGCUGUGGUUGGACGAUCCCUAGAUCCAUUUGAUGUCUAAGCUACUAUGUCGUUGAAGGUAUAGUCAAUAUUCACUUUGAUCAAUAAAGAACAUGGUUAGAAAAUGGACACCUAGAGACAGAAGGAGAUUUAGAUGGUCUUUACUGAGUGCUUCUUUAUGGUACGUGUU